UCCUUAGUUGACAUAUUAUCUCACAUGUUACUUGUAAGUUGUAACAAUACUUAGUACUCGACGAUCACCUUGUUUUAUAGACAAGGUGAUUAACGGAUAUGAGAAAUUUAGGCAUACUUAUUGGAUAAUGAAUACAUGUAUAGUAUCUUUCUAGAAUCCUAGGUACAAAUUCAACUACUAGCACAUCAAUGUAAAAUAUAAGAGUAAUCAAAAUUCAAAAGUGGCGUACUGUUUAAUUACAUUAACCCCUAAAAAAUAGUUAAAUAACACAAGUUUCUCUUUAUUAUGAAAUCCCCUCCCAAAAAAAAAAAGAAAAAAAAAAGGUGAAAUAGCCUAAUGUAUCAAAGUUUGACCUGACCUAUUCUGUAAUACGUAGUAGUUCAUUAUUUUCUCCGUCAACUUAUCACAAAAACGAGUAACGACUCCAGCUUUAUUCCACCUUAUAUAUAUAAGGACUUACCGACUUACUCUCCACAAAUAAACUUCAUCUAUCAUUUUCCAAACCUUAAUUUUUUCAUUAAAACUAACUUCGCACAAAUUAAUAACUUUUUUUUUUUUUUUUUGAAGCCACAAAAUAUUCAUCAGAAAAUUAUUUACUUCCAAAAGAAGAGAAAAAGAAAAAAGAUAAUUAGGAAGAAAUGACAGGAGGAUUGCUUGAGGUUUUAGUAGUUGCAGCAUCUGGUCUUCCCAACGUUGAUUUUCUAACAGAUAAAAUUGAUCCCUAUGUCGUGGUUAAGUACAAAGGCCAAGAGCGAAAGACCAAAAUUGCAAGAGGACAAGGCGGUAAUCCAGAAUGGCACCAAAAAUUGACAUUCAGGGCAGAGUACCCUGGCUCAGGAAGUGACUACCACAUCAAUCUAAAGAUCAUGGACCACGACACCUUCUCUUCUGAUGAUUACAUUGGUGAAACGACGAUUCAUGUGGAAGAUCUUCUAGCUUUGGGAGUGGAGAAUGGCUCAUAUGAAAUGAAUCCGACAAAGUUCAGAGUGAUCGGAAGUAAUGAUAAGUACUGUGGUGAGAUCAAAGUUGGUGCUAAAUUCACAAAGGCAUCAGAUUACGACGAUGAUGAAGAGUUUGGAGGAUGGAAGAGUAGCUACGGUGAUGACUCUGAUGAGUAAUUAACUUCUUUAAUAAUCAAUCAUAAUUGAGAUGGACUUCAAUCAAUAUCAGUUAUUGUAAAUAUAUUCACUCUGUAGUUGAAUCGAAUUGGGAGUUUUCGCCUUCUAGUGUUCUAGUUUAACGUUAAAUCGGUUUGGAAGUCUUCACCUUAGAGUUUUCUGGUGCUUUGAGUUGAUCUCAGAAGACUUGGGACAACUAAUUUUGUAAUAUAGUUCAAAUAUUAGAAUCUAUUCAAUUGAUAUCUUUAUUCAGCAAAAAAAAAAAAAAAAAAAAAAAAAAAAAAAAAAAAAAAUUCAACAAAAUGUAUUAAUCUUGUAGCCUUGUAGGGAUCCAAUUGUACUUUUCAUCUAAAUUGCGUUGAUUGUACAGCGUAUUAGUUAUUGUGAUAUACGAGUAUUCGUACUUCGUAUUUAUUUGUUAUUGAGAAAA